UGGAGGUAGAAUACUUCGGAGCGCCGUUAUACAUCAAAGAUGGCGGCUUGCCCACUGCAUACAAACUUCAUCAGUUCCACUUCCACUGGGGUGCCGAAGACGCCCGGGGAUCAGAACAUUGCAUAGACGGGGACCAUUUUCCGAUGGAGAUGCACAUCGUACACCACAGAAACCACACCGGUUCCACUAAUGUGGCGACACAUCAACAUGGCCUCGCAGUUCUUGGAUUUUUAUUUAAGCUUGUCGACAAAGAUAAUGAAAAUCUUAAUGAGUUUCUUCUGGAUCAUUUCUCAAAAAUAGCAACACCAGAGAGAAAAACAGAAAUCCCAGCCUUCGCUCUGUCCAAAAUUCUCCCUGACAUCGCCGAGCUCGACUUUUAUCGUUACAACGGAAGUCUGACCACGCCCCCAUGUUAUGAGACGGUCAUUUGGUCGGUAUCGACACAGUUUAUUUAUAUCUCGGAGUCGCAAUUGAACACCUUCCGGGACCUGUACGGCGACGAACAGCAGCAUCUAGUCGAUGACUUCCGACCCUUGCAGGAGCUCAACCACAGGGUCGUCUACACCACGGAUGAAGAGAUCUCCGUGGAAAACCCUAGAAACUCCGCGGUCACAGGAAGGACAAAAAAUGUGUUGGCCAAUAUACUAAUUUGUUGCGGUCUUUAUUUAAUAUAA